GAUAUCUUCUGCAUUACAUGCAGCGCCUAGGCCUGAUAGCUGUGGGUAACGAAACCCACUACAUACCGAGUGUAAACAAACGUACAUUUGAUGCUGCUGCUGAAUUUUCACACUGUCAGAGUAAAACGUCGGUGCUUGUCUAUAGAUUCGAGUUUUUACCGUACUUCUUUUACUUUCGACUUAUUGUUGCCUGUUUAACAGGAACCAGUGGAGAAUGGGAAGUUUUGGAGGACAAUGGUUUAUGCUUGUUUAAAGACAUAGCCUGUUUUUCUUACAGACAACACAGUGUAGCGCUUGCAGUAAAUAAAUACUCCAUACAACUUCAGGUUUUUAAACCUUCCAAUGAUUCCCUCACAAAAGAAGUCAUAUUAGAAGUACGUGAUACUAUUGACCGGUUGCUGAAUGAUCUCACAAAAACUUUUCAUAGGAAGAUCAUGUUUACUGUUGGAUUCCAAUGUUCAAAACAAGAAGUGUUCAGUGAUCUUGAUGGAUGUUUUGUCGCCGAAAUUGAACUUACAGGAAAAGGAAAUAUAACUUGUCCUAGACAUCAAAUGAAAAAUCACCAUAUUCUCCGUGAAUCAGAUCUUCUUGGAUACUGGAAGCCGGAUGCUGAAAUUGAAAAGCCAGUUUCUGUUUCCACUGGAGACCAGUUUUCUCAACUUUAUGAAGAAGGACUUAAAAAAUUCCAUUUCAAGACAUUUGAAAAGCUUACAAGAGUUGGAUGGGAAGCUCUGCAGAUUUAUUUUGAUACGAUAUUCCCAAAACAGUUGCUCAUCAAAAUUCGAACGUCAGCAAAACAAGACAAAGUAAAGAAAAUAUUUCGUCUCAGUGAUGAUCAGUGUGCUCGUUUGUUCCCAGAUGACAAAUCAGACCCAUCAUCUUCCUCGUUUGAUGUGACGAUGAUGUAUCAGAUGCUGCGUAAUCGCAAUCCUAGUCUUCCAUCACCCACUAAAGGAUGGGGGAGGACUCCUAGUGAAAACCAUAUAACCCAGACCGAUGACGUGGAAAGAAUCCGGAUGUACAGAAACCAAGUAGUCCAUGAACCUGAUGCAACAAGAAAAUUAAAUAAAAAGGAUCUCGAGAAAAAAGGACGAGAUUUGGCUCAGGCAAUACUGAGGUUGAGUAAUGGAACUCUACAAAGUGAGAUCAUAAAGGUGAUGGAACAUACAAAAUAAGUAAGUAAUCAACUU